AUGGCUAUUGAUAAAUCACUUUGUGUCCUGGGAGCAAGCAUUAAUUUAAUGCCUCUUGCCAUGAUGAAGAAUUUAAUGAUAGAGGAGAUUAAAUCUACAAGGAUGUCAUUACAACUUGCUGAUAGAUCUCUCAAAAUACCAAAUGGAGUAGUCGAGAAUCCCUUAGUGAAAGUUAGAAAUUUCAUAUUCCCAGCCGGUUUUAUAGUUUUGGACAUGGAUGAGGAAGGGAGUAACUCAAUCAUCCUCGGUAGACCUUUUCUGGCCAUUGCUAUAACAAUCAUUGAUGUGGGAAAAAGUGAGAUGAUCUUCAAGGUGCAUGAUGAGCAAAUGACUAUAAAUGUUUUCAAGGCGAUGCAGUACCCUGCUGAGAAAGAGAAUUGCAUGAGAAUUGAUGUGGUGAACACCCUGGUUAAUGAAAUAUUUGAAGCAAACCAUCAAAAGAACCAGGAGGAAAACCAAGACAUACAAGAGGAAGAUGUGGAAGAGACACAAGCACUGGAGGAACCAAUUGAGUUAAGAAAGAAGGAGCACCACAACAAGAGCUAA